UAGCAACCUCACCAUAUAUUUAUAACUUCACUUUCAUCUCCUAAUAUAUAGCCAUCAAACCUCCUUUAACCAUUGCCAAGUUGAUCGCAACCGCGGUUGAACCAUGUCCGAACCAAACAGUUUCGAGCCACAAAAGCGUCAAUCUUCAAGAACACAACCACACACAAACCAACCCGACCCCUUAAUAUGCCCACGGUGUGACUCAACCAACACAAAAUUCUGUUACUACAACAAUUACAACAAAACUCAACCUAGGUACUUUUGCAAAGCUUGCAAGAGACACUGGACCAGUGGCGGCAUCCUCCGCAAUGUUCCCGUCGGUGGUGGCCGGAAAAACAAGCGCCUCCGGUGGCCGAUCAUGACUGCCGCCACCACAGAUGAUCAAGACACAUAUGAUGAUCAUAAACAAUCGUUUUUUAGACCAGUUUUCAGUGAAAAGAAAGAUGAAGAAUCAUACAUAGAUAUUGAAGAGUUAAAGGGUUUGGUUUCAUGGGAUUUUAAAGAGUUUGAUCAUGAAGAUUUUACAUUUUCAAGACUUUUGAGCUCUUUUGAUGCAAACCCUAAUUCAAGUGUUUCAAGAUCUUUGAUCAAAGUGGUUGAAGAUGGUGAGGGUUCAACAAGCAUGAUGAAUUGGAAUGACCUUGAUAGUAUGGUUCUUGAAGAUCUGAAUAAACCAUGGGAGGAUCCAACAUUCAAAACCUAAUUAUUUGUGGCAUAUUUUAGUGUGUGUUAUGAUCUAAUUAAUUAAUGUUUUAGUGUUCAUAAUGAUAUUUUGUUGAUAUUAGUUAGACCACCAUUUGGUUAUCA